CCUUUUCAUGUCUCUCCCACAAGACUCGUUCUAAUAAUUCUCUUUCUCUCUGUUUUUUUAUCUUUUAUUCCUUUCAUCCGUUCAAUUACAGGACCUAAAAUCUCAUAUUCAUGACUUCUCAAGAGAAAGGUCGGCCAUUGCCGAAAUUCGGGGAGUGGGAUGUAAACAAUCCAGCCUCGGCAGAUGGAUUCACCGUCAUAUUUGCAAAGGCUAGGGAUGACAAAAAGGCCAAUGGCACCGCUGCACCAACACAAGCGCCCAGGAAUGACUAUGCUUAUGGACAAUCUAAUCCUUAUCAGCAAGAACCCAAGAAAAAAUGGUUUUGCUGUUUCUGAAGCCAGAAUGCUUCUGUGGCUGUGAGUGAAGAGACUUAAGAUCAUAUUGAAGUUCAAGUCUGCCAGUCUAGGUACAGAGGUGGGAGAAUGCGUGCUGCUGCUGCUGCUGCGUCUGUUUCUAUUUUCGUCUAUUGGUUUUAUGUUGCAUAAGGUUUCUUAAAAGUCUCUCUACAGUCCCCAAUAUGUACUUAGGGGAAGCGCCAACCAACUCUCACAAACACGCUAAUGUAUUGUGCUCAACGACAACCUUAGUCACUCUGUCGAUUUAUAUCACCUCUCUAAUAGAACAUGGUCACUAGAUUGAAUGACAUAUCUUCUUUUCUGCUA